GCGGUGACGUCACGUCCUGUGUGCGUGUGUAGGACGGUGCGAAUGUAAAUACACCAGUUUUCCAGGUCUAAACUUGGGCUGCUGCGUGAGAACGCCGACCCAUGCUGAGUUCUAGCAGCGUACAAGAGUCAGGGACGCGGCUAUUCCAGUGAGCCGCUUUGUCCUGCGCCGGGACGGCUUAACCGCGCACGGCAGGUACCCCAUGUUGGAAGAUGCCAGCUACUGCAUAUGAAAGAGUAGUUUACAAGAGCCCCUCGGAGUAUCACUACAUGAAAGUCUGCCUAGAGUUUCAAGAACACGGAGUUGGACUGAAUGUAGCGCAGUUCAAACAGCUGCUUGUUUCAGCCCUGAAAGACCUGUUUGGGGAGGUUGGUGCUGCUUUACCUGUGGAUGUUCUCACCUAUGAUGAGAAGACAUUGUCAGCUAUCUUGAGAAUAUGCAGCAGUGGUCUGGCCAAAUUAUGGAGUUCUUUGACCUUGUUUGGAGCCUAUAAAGGCAAGAAAUGUGCCUUCAGAGUGAUUCAGGUGUCUCCCUUUCUCCUUGCAUUAUCUGGCAAUAGCAGGGAACAAAUGUUGGAUUGAAUAUUCUUACAGUUCCAGAUACUUCCACUCUCAACAGUGUCUUUAGGUGUCUACGUAGUUUGAAAACAGAAGCAAGCUA